AUGUGGAAAAACAGAGUCCAUCUUCGGCAACAAACGUUGCUAGCUAUCAUCAGACACUACUCUCGGAUUUCUCCACCCCCACCGGCUUAUGCCGACCCGGUAAUCCGGGUCUCUAAAACCAACAUAGCCCAGCUGGGCGGUCCAAAGGAGGGACCAAAGCCUCGGCAGCUCCUAUCCUUGCCUCCCUUUCCUGGCCACCCUUUGCCCGGCAAGAACUCGGCCAGUGGUCAGCCCGGUCGGGUCUCCGCAAUCAGUUGGGUCAAGUAUUACUUCGAUGAGAUUGCCGACUCUGUGAUUCAGUCCCAUUUCAACAAAGGCCUUGUCCAGAUGGAAUGCCCAAGUUCGGAAGACUCCUAUGUUGACAAGGAACAAAUGAAGCCCAUGAGAAAGAUUAGGCCUAAUGAGGUCAUGGCGGCUGGGGCACGAGUUUAUAUACCUGUAUCUGUUGCGGAGACGAGGAUUUCCAAGAGAUAUGACACUAUUCCAAGUGGGACACUAUAUCCAAAUGCCGAUGAGAUACAGUACUUGCAAAGGCUUGUCAAGUACAAGGACCCAGCUAUCAUGGUGCUAAAUAAGCCCCCUAGAGUGCCAGUGAAGGGGAAUCUGCCAGUUCAUAACAGCAUGGAUGCUUUGGCAGCUGCAGCUUUGUCUUAUGAUUAUGAUGAGGGUCCUAAGUUGGUUCAUCGACUCGACCGAGAGAGCAGCGGCCUCCUCUUGAUGGGGAGAACAAAAGAAAGUGUAGAUCAACUUCAGUGGUUAUUUAGUGACAUAAAUAAAGGAAAUUCCUCCUGCAAGGGUUGGAAUGAUGCAUGUCAAGCAACAUAUCGGAGGUAUUGGGCUUUGGUCAUAGGUUCUCCCAGGGAAAAGGAAGGGUUAAUUUGUGCUCCUCUUACAAAGGUGCUCCUUAAUGAUGGGAAGACUGAAAGGGUCAUCUUGGCUCAUCAAUCAGGUUUAGAAGCUUCUCAAGAGGCCAUAACUGAAUAUCGGGUUCUUGGUCCUAUGAUAAGUGGAUGCUCGUGGAUUGAACUACGACCAGUUACUGGCCGGAAGCAUCAGCUCCGCGUCCAUUGUGCCGAAGCUCUUGGCACUCCGAUUGUGGGUGACUACAAGUAUGGUUGGUUUGUUCACCAGAGAUGGAAGCAAAUGCCUAGGGUUGAUAUUGAGCCAACAACUGGUAAACCGUACAAGUUGCGAAGGCCAGACGGUCUGGAUGUUCAGAAAGGAAGUGUUUUAUCUAAGGUUCCUUUGUUACAUCUUCACUGUAGGGAGCUUGUCCUUCCCAACAUUGCAAAGUUCCUUCAAGUUUUGGAUCAAAACUCAGAAAACCUGCAUCCGGUAGUUAGGUUGAAGCCAGAUCUUCUUCGGUUUGUGGGAUCGAUGCCUUCCCACAUGAAAAUUAGUUGGAAUCUUAUGUCCUCCUAUUUGGUAUAAGAAUUCAGGAAAGUUUAGUGUUCUGUAGGGCCCGAUCUGUGUUACUGUAGAUCAAUUUAACUUGUAUUGUAAUUUUAUUAGUUAAUAUUAUGAAUUUUCGUAAAUCAUUUUUGAAUAGAUUAUGUUUCAUGACAUAUUCUCUUGAAUCCCAAGUUCAAAGCAAUUAUAAUCACUUUUUUCCACCGCAUCGUCUCCCUUCAUGAAUGGUUUCAUUGUUCAAUGGAAGUUUUGUAUACAGAAGCAUCAGGUGGGAUCCAUAGAAAUAUACUACUUUUUACACCCCAAAAGUUCUUUUUCUUUUUGUGUUUUUUGAAAAGCAAUUGUACUACACUGUGGGUAUGAAUUAGGUGGUCAAUAUAAAAAUUGCAAUGAACAAUACAAGUGAUUGAAAAUUUACAUCAUAAUGCCUUUGUCUUCGAGUGAGCCGCCGGAACAGUCUUCAGCACGUGUGAGACAACCAAACACCAACCUUCUGUUGCCACCAUCCUCCAUUUCCACAAUCUUGCACAGACUAAAUUCUUCUUGUGGUAUGGUAUGUUCAUGAUUGUUAAACAUAGCACACUGUUUGGCAUCCUUCGGGUAAUUGUCACAGAGGAAUGGUGACUGCUCCUUAAAU